AUGGGGUGGGACCACAUAUGCCUGGGUAGUGGCAGAAUCAUCGCUCUACUCGUUCUUUUUAUUCUGUUGGGAAUUAUAUUCGUCGGUCUAGAGCUCUGGCAGGGUGACAAGAGUAUGCUGCCUGGACGUGUGCUCAAACAACGCAGUGUCGCCGCCGUUUGCCUCUUCUGCUUUUGCUCUAGUGGUGCCUCGUUCUUGCUGCUCUAUUACAUUCCAAUUUGGUUCCAAGGAGCUCCAGGGACGAGUCCCUUCGGCGCUGGUGUGGACACCCUUCCUCUGGGCAUUGCCAAUGCCCUAUCCUCGCUGCUUGGUGGUCUGUUCACCACAUUCACGAUCGACAUCGGCACGGGAAAAUGGAUUGGGUACCAAAUUCUCUUCGGCCUUGGCAUGGGUGUAUGUGCUCAAACGCCGGUUAUGGUCGCCCAGAAUGUGCUUGAUUUGGUGGAUAUUCUUAUUGGGUCGGGUGCAAUCUUUACUGGCGUUGCUCAAUCCCUCUUCAUCAACCACCUAGACCAAAACAUUGCCAAAACAGAUAUCCCCAGUAUCGACACUAGUCAAAUCAUGACCGGAGGUGUCAUGACUCUGACCAACGGGUUACACGGGGCAGACAAGAUCGCCGUCCUAGACGCUUUCAAUAAGGCAAUGGUGGAUAUGUGGCUGUUGCCAUUGGCUUUGUGUUGCAUUAAAAUUAUUGGUGCUGUGAUCGUCGAGCGACGCAAAAUUCGGGGACGGGAGAAGGAGACUAAGGAGUCAGCGUCCGCCCCGGUAUAG